AUGGGUUUACCUGAAGUUAACUUUCUUCGAAAAAACUGCAUACUUGUGGAGUUAAAAUUAUUCUAUCAAACAGUAUACCCACCGAAGGAACUAUAUUGGAAUAACCGAAUAACUGCAGAAUUGAGUACAUUCUCCAAUAUUAAGUAUGCAAGGCCGACUUUCGCAGUAAAUAAUGGCACAUUUCAGAGAACAAGACCGAAAUUAGACUUGGUACUGGCUUCAUCUGAUAUUCGUAAGCUGGCUACGGUUUUAUUUAAUUUAAAAGCUCUCAUAAUGAAUACGAAGGGUGAGGAACCCACUCUAACCACGAUGACUAGUGUCCAAACGAACGAAGAGAAAAAUGAUAACCUGGAACAGAAAUAUUCAAGUCUGCUAGAUAGAUGGAAUGGGAAAGUAGAAGUGCAUGAUUCUCCUUUCCUUCAACUCCAACGGGACAGCAACCUUUUGUUUGCUGAGAGGCCGGUACGUUACGUUAGCACUACAGAAGGUGAAGGCGUGGACAUAUCUAGUGAAGAGUUUUUCAGGUUAGAGGAAGAACAGUGCCGAAGGAAUUAUGAUGUUUUGGUCGAUGAACAUUCUACACCAUCAGUCGGGAUGAAAGACGGCCAAUACGGACCAAAUAUAAUUCACUUUGAACCGUCGCUGUACCACACAUAUUCUUCUCUACCAAUGAGUAUGAAAUUUUGGUUAAAUGGUCUAGAAGACGACGAAACGACGAUGAUGAACAUUGAUGAGAAGUCAGCCGAAAAUCUGGAUAUAUUAUUACAUGGUUUCAAAGGAUUUUCGAACAAGCGCGUUAAAGGAUGA